AUGUCGCAUACUAUUGAUAUCCCCACUUCUAUUCGCGAGAUAUUUGCCGGCACUGAGCGUUCCGAUAGCAGCAGUGGCUCACCGAUGGAGACCGCUGUAGAGCAGUUCGGGCCGCCGCCAGGUCUACAGUCGCCUCCAUCAUCUAUGGCGACAGAUUUAUCCUGUCUACAGUCGUCUAUAUGGACGCCUAAGGCUAGCGAUGGUCCACUUCGAACUCCUGGAGCUGCAGGUUGCUUCACUCGGGCGAGUGAUGGCAGUCUACAGCAUGACAGUGACAGCACAGCUCCUCCUGGUAUCAUCAUGAGUGGUAUAUCCAGAGGUAGCAGUGUCCCUUGCGGUGCUCCGGUGUUCACUUCAUCAUCAUCAUCAUCAUCGGGCUCUACUGUGACAGCAUCUCCCAAUUCUGGUGUUGGUAGUAGUAUCAGCACCAACACUUCACCGAGUGACUGGCAUGCAAUUGACAGGUCUCUGCAAAGUGGAAGAGUCGUCCCGUGUCGCAGCCCAUCAGCGAGCGUCGUCGGUCAGGGGUUCUGGGCAACACCUGGUACGCCUCCUGCUGCUAGCUGGGGCGCCUCAGGUUGUGGACAUCCAAUGGCAGCAACAGCUUCCCCACCGGACGUACGGUCCCCGUUUUCGGAGUUCGAUGCAGUGUCGUCAUCUACUUCGCCUUAUGGCGAGUCCCAUGGCCGAUACCAUCCUCGCUCACAGGAUGAUGCGUAUUACUCUUUGCGGGGAGUGCUCUCGUCACCAGUGUCACCGGCGGCGGCGGCGGGUUCAUCAAACUUGCUGUAUGAUGAUGGACCGACAGGUCUCGACAGCUCUUGUAUGUUCCGUCACAUUGCGAGCAGUCCGGUGAUGUCGUCGAUGUCUCUACCCCUGGCGAGUAACACUUUUGAUCAAACAGUGGAAUACUCGACGCCUCCGCUUCACCUGAGUCGAGGUGGGCCGCAGAGCUCGAGCCCUACGAUGAUGCAAAAUGAUGGGACCUCAGGGACGCCUCGCGAUAUUUUUCCUGGAUCUUACCCUCAUCCAUCAUAUCAUUCGAGGCCCCCUGCUAGCAGUAGCAGUAGGAUGUACAAUCAAGUAUUUACCGACGAAGUGUCCACCCCGCGAGAGCAUCGUAAGGGCAGCGGCUCGAAUCCCUGGCUGUCGUUAUCUCUCCGGCAUGGCUCGUCCAACACGGGCUACACUGCUAGUGAUGCGGCAUCCCAAAGGACCUCGACAACGCCCUGCAGUAGGACGUUCGCCGCUGACGUUGGUGGUAAACUGAAGGGUAGUGCCAGCCAGCAUCACAAUACACCUAGUGUCGCGUUGGAGGAGAUACAGGACGAGAUUCUCGAGAUGGCUAUGGACCGUAGCGGGAGUCGUAUUCUGCAGAAGUUGAUCUCGGACACCUCGGCGGGUGCUGCAGAUGGAGGGACGCAUGAGGAGUUGGACGAGUUGAUUGACGCUAUCAUCCAUGAGAUAAAGCCGGUAUUAUCGCGUAUAAUGUGCGACACGUAUGCUAACUAUAUGUGUCAGCAACUGUUCCAAGUGUCUUCAGCGGGACAGAGAAUUGCUCUACUGCGCAAUGUGCUGGAAAACGUAGUUUACAUAUCGCAAGACCGCCGUGGAACACACUCUCUCCAGGCAUUGAUAGCUUGUAUGCAAACUCCUCAAGAGCAUGCCUUGUUGGCUGAAACCCUCCACGAUAACGUCAUCAGGAUGGCCUUAGAUGUCCAUGCUACUCACGUUUUACAACAAACCAUUAGCAAAUGCACACCUUGUGGUCCUGGCAAGGAGUAUAGUCACUUGCCUAUGGCUGAUUUUGGUUUUAUUUUCGACGAUAUUUACAGAAAUCUAGAGGCUCUCGCUGGUGAUCCAAAUGGCCUCGGUGUUGUGAAGAAGUGCAUUACUCAUGCACCAUGGUAUGAUGAUGGCUCGUAUGUAGAGAAGUACAAGUCAAAGAUGUUAAACAAGUUACAGUACUUUGUCGAGAACCCCUAUGCUAAUUAUGCAGUUCAGCACGCCUUGGAAAUAUGGGGACCUGAAGUUUGUACAGACAUUAUCAUCAAAAUCUCUGAAAGUAUCAUAGCGAUGGCGAUCCAUAAGUUCGCAUCCAAUGUUGUAGAGACGGCCCUCAAAGUCUCGCCCGACGAUAUGCGUAAGGAAGGAUGGUACGGUGUUUUCGUCAUGUCGACUGCACUUCGUUUGGCGCCUACUACGGAACUGUGUGAGCAGAUUUAUGAAGCGUUAGUAAAGUAA